UUUUUUUCCAGUCGCGCAAACCUCACCUUUUCCUCAUCUCAAAUUCAAAAAGCAGAUACUCUCGUCUGCUAGACCCGAUACUUUCGCCGGUAUCGGUAUCUUCCAGCGCGAGGGUCUAAACCAGAUAGUCACCAUUCCCUUUUCCAGAGGCUUUUUCCUCCUUUCCCUUUCCUUCCGACCUCCCUAGCAGCCCUUCGGCUCCACUGAAUCACCCCUCUUUGGCUGAGUGCCAAUUACAAAACCGAUAAAGGGCCUACUCUCUCAGACGGACAUAGCCCCCCUGUUCGUCUGGGCAGCAGAUAGUGCUUCCUAGGCUCUGUCUACGGUCCACGAAUCCAGUCGCGUGCGCCUGCUAUACACUUGCUCUUAUCGAUCCACCUGUUACAUCCUCAAUCGGUCAAGAUGGUUUACAUUGGAAUCCCCCAGCAUUACACGGCGUCGCCGUCCUCUUUCAUGGGGACGACCCCGUCCUUGACGAUCAACCAUGAGGCGACCCAGGAUCUUGAUUCGACCAACGCCUUUGAAGGCCCCGAGAAGCUCCUGGAGGUUUGGUUUGCGCCUUCCGCUCAGGAAUUGGGAUCUGCCGGUCCCGCUGGCCUGAAGGCCGUGCCCGAAGAGAUCUGGAAGGACAUGCUGGAUCUCGUCAACUGCCAAGUGCUCUCCAUUGUCUCGUCUGAGGACGUCGACGCCUAUCUCUUGUCCGAGUCCAGCAUGUUCGUCUGGCCGCACAAGCUAAUUCUGAAGACCUGUGGCACAACUACCUUGCUGUCUGGGCUUCCGCGCAUUCUCGAGAUCGCGGCCUUGUUCGGUGGCUUCCCUCGGUCUACCGCGCCUGCUUCUCGCGGUAUUUCCGUCGCCGCGGCCCCGUACCGCGUGUUCUACAGCCGCAAGAACUUCCUGUUCCCUGAUCGCCAGCGCGGUCCCCACCGCAGCUGGAGAGAUGAGGUCCGGAACAUGGACAGACUUUUCCUCAACGGUAGCGCCUACAUGAUUGGCAAGAUGAACGGCGAGCAUUGGUACCUCUACUUGACUGAGCCCAACACUUUGCUCACCCCCCCGGCCAGCCCCGGGUUGGAGUCGGAGGAUCCCGUGACCGAAACCAAGAUCCUUCAGGUGCCGGCGAAUGGUGUGCAUCAGACCCGUGAAGAUCAGGAUGAGACGCUGGAGGUGUUGAUGACCGACUUGGAUGAGGCGAAUGCCAAGCAGUUCUACCUUGAGCAUGCCACGGCUGUUGCGGAGAAGCGUUACCGCAACUUCGAUGCUGACAACGAUGACCACGUUGAUGUGUUCAGCAACAACUCCGAUAUGGAUGAUAUGUCAUCGAACGGCAGCCGGGUUUUACCUCCGGAGCUGACCACCGAGGGUCACGCUUUGGGCACGGUCGUGUCGGAGUCUUGUGGCCUUUCGGACGUCUACCCGAAGAGCAAGUUCCCCGAGUCUCGAAUUGACGCGUACCUGUUCACUCCGUGUGGGUUCUCUGCCAAUGGUGUUAUCCCCACGCCUGACAAGAACACGGGAACCCAUUACUUCACGGUGCAUGUGACCCCGGAGCCCCAGUGCUCGUAUGCGUCGUUCGAGACCAACGUGCCUCACUCGCAGAACGGCCAGACUACUCAGGAGAUCGUGGAGCAGGUGGUGAGCAUCUUCAAGCCUGGACGCUUCACGGUGACCCUGUUCGAGGCCAAGCCCGAGGUGACUGCGGCCGAGGGCGAGUGGGAUGCCAUCAAGGAGGCCAAGUAUAUCGAACGGCAGGCGGCGCGUCGCACCAAGAUGGAGCACGUGGCAGGAUAUCGUCGGGUGGAUCGGAUUGUGCAUGAUUUGGACGGAUAUGACCUGGUGUUCCGCUACUACGAACGUCUUGACUGGAAAGGGGGGGCCCCUCGGCUCGGCGAAGAGCGCGUUUGAGAGCGAGCACGG